AAUGUUAAUCCUGUAGGAAAGGAAUACGUACAAAUAUAUUUUAGAUAAUGAAACCGUAAAGUUUAUAGAGCACCUGCAGUUUACAGCGAUGGCUUGCAACUGUACAAACCCAUUUUAUGGUCUCCCCCUUCAAAACGGUACGUGCAAUGCAGCAUCGUCGGUUAUGUUUAUGACUCUUGUAAAUACUUUACUUCGAGAUGACUGUGCCAUUUCGGACGUCUGUGGAAGAAUAACGCCAACAUUGCAACCCGAUAACGAGUACGACUUUAUAGUAAUAGGGGGUGGUGGCGCCGGACCAGUACUAGCUGGAAGACUAACUGAAAACCCUCAUUGGAAAGUUCUCCUCUUAGAACAGGGCAACGAUGAACCUGUAGGAAGUCAAGUACCCAGUUUUGCUUACAAUUUCUUGGCAAAUAAUGAAACAACCAUCUACUAUCCCACAGAACCCCAAAAGAAUGCCUGUCAUGAAAACGAAAACAGUGAAUGUAGGUAUGUACGAGCGAAAAUACUUGGAGGGUGUGGGGUUGUUAAUGGAAUGACGUAUAUGCGAGGUGUACCGAAUGAUUACGACCACUGGGCUAAGUUGGGCAAUACAGGAUGGAGCUACAAAGAUGUUUUGCCAUACUUUCGCAAAUCGGAAGACAAUGGUAAUAUUGGUGUUUACACAAGUACUGAAUUCCACGGAAUUGGAGGCCCCAUAAGUGUUGAAAGGUUUCCUAGUGCACCUGACAUUAGCCAUGAUAUUCUUAAAGCAGCCAGAAGCAUUGGAUACAAGACUCCCAGUGAUCUUAACGCAGAUGUUACCGAAGGAUUUACGAUUUCGCAAACUAUGAGCAAGAAUGGUACCCGCGACAGCACAGCUCGAGCUUAUCUUCGUCCUGCACGAUUCCGACCGAAUCUUCAUAUAAUGUUGAAUUCUACAGCUACAAAAAUUCACUUUAUCAAAGAAAAUGGGUCCUCAGUGGCUAGAUCCGUGGAAUUUUAUUACAAGGGUCAACGUUACAAUGUCAAUGUUAAAAAGGAAGUUAUAGUAACAGGUGGAACUAUUGGAUCUCCCCAGUUACUUCUUUUGUCCGGGAUUGGUCCAAAAGCCGAUCUGGAAGAUGUGAACGUUGACGUGGUUCAUGAUCUUCCAGGUGUCGGCCAAAAUUUUCAAAAUCACGUUUCGUUGUUUAUACAAUUCAAUUUAAAAAAAGUUCGGGAUACUAAUCUGUUGAAUUUGGAAAGCUUAAAGGAGUAUCUGCUGCUACAGAAGGGCCCUUUGUCGUCAACAGGAAUCGCGCAACUUGGUUCUCGUAUAUCAUCUUCUGAAAAUCGGAAUAAAAAUUGGCCGGACAUCCAGAUUUACUUUAGUGGUUACAGUGCCAAUUGUACUUAUGACUGUGGUACGCCCGGUUUACCAGCCAAUCCUAAACAGCCCAAUGGUACCAGAAGGAUUACCUUUCAAGUAACGUUGGUAAGACCAAAGAGCAAAGGUUACAUUAAGUUGCGUUCAAACGAUCCUGUUGUGAAACCGAUUAUACAACCUAAUUAUUUAGAAAAAGAUUACGAUGUUAAAGCUAUAAUUUCCGGAAUACGAACAGUCAUUAAAAUGGGAACUGUCCAUGACCUAAAGCAAAAGUACGGUUCUGAACUGGUACAGGGCCGAUAUGGAAACUGCUCAACGCUUCAUAAAUUUGGUACCGAUGACUUUUGGGAAUGCGCCAUCAAAUACAGCACCUAUCCCGAAAAUCACUUGACUGGAACGUGUAAAAUGGGCCCUCAAACUGAUAAUUUGGCCGUUGUUAAUCCUCAAUUGAAGGUUUACGGAACUUCUAAUGUUAGAGUUGCUGAUGCAUCCGCUUUUCCGAAUAUUGUAGCUGCAAAUAUUUUUGCCACCGUUGUGGUUGUAGCCGAAAAAGCGGCCGAUUACAUUAAGAACGAUUGGUCGUAAAAUAUCACACAACAUUGUAAUUAAAAGAAAUUAUUUUUGUUAAAAGGCAGGAUUUUACAAAAAGAAAUAUACGGUUUUCCCCUAUCGAAA